AUGGCAGCCAGGAAAGCGCACAGCAAGACAAGUAUGAAGAACAUGGAGCGUGAGCUCUUGUGCCCAGUGUGCAAGGACAUGUACAAACAACCGGUCAUCUUGCCCUGCAAGCACAAUGUGUGUCGGGUGUGUGCCACCGAGAUUCUUCUUCAGAGGGGCUACGUCUGUGAUCCCAACUCUGAGCCAAACUCACCAGCCUCUUCCCCCUCCACUCGCAGCCCCCGCAUGGGAAGAAGGGUGGUCCCGAAACAAGAGCGCCUAAUCAAAUCAGGUUUUGGAACAUACCCAGGCAGAAAACGUGGCCCUGCCCACACACAAUCAGUGUUAUUCCCAUGUCCCACCUGUCAGCAUGAUGUGGACCUUGGGGAACGAGGUCUUGCUAAUUUAUUCCGAAACCUGACCCUUGAAAGAGUUGUGGAACGAUAUCGACAGACUGUGAACAUCAGCACAGCCAUUAUGUGUCAGUUUUGCAAAUCACCCCAGCAAGAGGCAACCAAGGGCUGCACAGAAUGCCGGGCCAGCUUCUGUAAUGAGUGUUUCAAACUCUACCAUCCGUGGGGCACACAGAAAGCUCAGCAUGAACCAACACCACCUACACUCAGCUUUAAACCCAAAGGCCUGUCGUGUCCAGAUCACAGGGAGGAGGUGCUCUUGUACUGUAAAACUUGUCAGCGGCUGGUGUGUCAGAUCUGUAGAGUUCGUCGGACACACAGUGGCCACAAGAUAACCCCAAUCAUCAGUGCAUACCAGGCACUUAGGGAAAAGCUGGGUAAGAGUAUUGCAUACAUCUUGGGGAGCCAACAUCUUGUGCAGAGUCAGAUCAAUGAGCUGGAGGAGUGUAUGAGGCAGACUGAGGUCACUGGCACAAAGGCUCAGGAGGAAGUACAGCAACUCUUGGGGGCUCUGCGUGCCAUGCUGGAGGAUAAGCAGGCAGCACUGACCAGAGACGUAGUUGAGCGCCAGCGUGAGAAGCUUAACACCCUAGAGACGCAGGUGGGAGAGCGCCAAGCUCUCCUUGAGAGUUCUGGACUUGUAUGCUAUGCUCACGAGGUCAUGAAAGAAACUGACCAGCCUUGCUUUGUUCUGGCUGCAAAACAGCUGCAUGAGCGAAUCAUGAGGUCAAUAGAGGGCGUGCAGAGCUUCCGGUCAUCGGCCUGUGUCCCCCUCCCACCCUUUAAGCUGGACGUUAGCCGUGAGAUGAAGAUGCUGACUGAACUUUACUUCGUCAGAGUUCCUGAUGCUCCUGUUAUUGACACACAACGCACCUACGCAUAUGAUCAAAUAUUCCUUUGCUGGCGGCUACCCCAGGACUCGGCUCCUGCCUGGCAUUACACUGUAGAGUACCGCAAGACUGAUCCAAAGCACAAGGCUCUGAAAAUGUGGCAGAGACGGGAGGAAAUCUGGGGUCUAAGUACAAUUCUGGAAGGUCCUGAUAUUGAUAGUGUUUAUGUUUUAAGAGUGAGAGGCUACAACAAAGCUGGAUAUGGGGACUACAGUGAAGAUAUCUACUUACACACACCACCAGCACAGGUAUUAAACUUCUUCUUGGACAGCAGCUGUGGUUUUCCUCGUGACCGGCUGGUGGUUAGUAAGGACAGGAGAGCAGUGCGCAGUGUGCCUGGGGUUCCUAUGUUGUUCGCAGCUGAGAGACUGAUGUCCAGUUGUCAUGUGUCCAUGGAGCUUGUACUGGGAGAUGUGGCCAUCACACAAGGGCGUUAUUACUGGGAGUGCUCUGUGGACCCUAGUUCAUAUGUGGUCAAAGUGGGUGUUGGGCAGGAGAACAAACUGCAGGAAUUGUUCCAGAUGCCCCAGGAUGUGGUCAGCCCAAGGUACGAUCCUGACAGUGGACAUGAUUCCGGAGCAGAGGACGCCACACAAGAUGUGUCACCUUCAUUCUCCUUUCUUACGAUUGGCAUGGGUAAAAUCUUACAACCUCAUGGCUCCCCGCCUACCUCUCGUGACCCCACAGGCUGCACCAUUCCCCUACCCCCAAGACUUGGAGUCUGUUUGGACUAUGAGAAGGGCCGUGUAUGCUUCUACGAUGCUGUGUCCCACAGGAGCUUAUGUGAAGGCAGUGUGGAUUGCUCAGGGCCUGUUUGUCCAGCCUUCUGCUUCAUUGGUGGGGGAGCCUUGCAGUUGCAGGAGCUGAUAUGCAUCAGGCAUGAGCGUAAGGUGACUAUUGGGGGCCUCAGCAAGGCAGAGUGACCUUUCCUCCGUUACAGAACAGUAGGGAGACUCUAAACUUCUAAAUGCCCUAUCCUGUGGGGGGCGCACUCUGCUCUACAUGUGCACAAUCACAGUGAAGAGAAGAUGGGGUCCGAGGCUCAGAUCUGAAUAGGAUAGGGUUAAGAAGCCACGUUGCUGCGCAUGGCAUGUCACUCUAUGGUUUGGA